AGAAAGGAUUUGGUUAUAAGGGUUCCUGCUUUCACAGAAUUAUUCCAGGGUUUAUGUGUCAGUGUGGCAAGUUCACACGCCAUAAUGGCACUGGUGGCAAAUCCAUCUGUGGGGAGAAAUUUGAUGAUGAGAACUUCAUCCUAAAGCAUACAGGUCCUGGCAUCUUGUCCAUGGAAACUGGUGGACCCAAUACCAAUGGUUCCCAGUUUUUCAUCUGCACUGGCAAGACUGAGUGGCCGGAUGGCAAGUACAUGGUCUUCGGCAAGGUAAAAGAAGGCAAGAAUAUUGUGGAAGCCAUGGAGCGCUUUGGGUCCAGAAAUGGCAAGACCAGCAAGAAGAUCACUAUUGCAGACUGUGGACAACUCUAA